GCAUGAUCUUUUUGUCCAAAACACAAACCGGAGGCUUCCUUGGGCAAGUUUGGUUCCUGUCAGGCCACUGCCCCUCGAUGCAACUGACAUCACCACCUCUGCCUAGAAUGUAAAGGCGGGGAAAUGGACACAUGGACACUAGCCGUAACAGGCAUCUGCUGCCUGCGCCUCACCAAAGGUCCCCGCGUCUCCUGGACACGUUUGGCGGCUGGUCCAAAGGUCCCCAAGGUCGAUUGGGCGGCAGUGAGAAUCGGCCGCUGUAAACCGAACCCUCAUGUCUUCUCCAAUCUCACCGUCUUUCAUUCUUCGGAGACUGCCUUCACUCCGAAUCGCAGCCUUCAAGCCCUCGAUCCCAACACGCCGUCGCGUCCCUCACUUUCCCAGGUCUUUCCGACAGACUCAUCAGAGAUUUUCCACCUCAGCCAUCAUGAACUCCAACGAGCUGGUCCACUACCUCGCCGACCAGCCGCCCUCGGUUGUCAGGCUGGAGAUUGAGAAGCACUUUGAGGCUUUGACCGACAAGCAGAAGCGCUAUGCUCACUUUAUCAGCAAGGCCGCCUUUGCUGGCACCAGAAUUGUUUUGCGACAAAUCUCCCCUGAGUCUGAGGCUAUCUAUGACCUGAUUCUCGCUCUCCACAAGUCUGUCGGCGGCGACUGGAACGCCCUGGCCAGCAAGGCUGGCAUUGAGGAGUCUGAACUCACUCUCUUCCUCGAGUAUGCUGUCAUGUUCCUCGGCAACAACGGCAACUACAAGAGCUUCGGUGACUCCAAGUUCAUUCCCCGAUGCAGCGAGAAGAGCGUGGCUGCUCUCGCGGCCACCUGCCCUGUGGCUACCAAGUUCUACGAGGCCACCGGAGGCGCCAUCUUUGGUGCCGCCAGCCCGGCCAUCAUGCACUUGGGAUACCCGGAUGACGGCCACAUGACCACCUACUACCCGGAGUCUUCAGAAAUCACCAAGGAGGAGAUCAAGGCCAUUUCUGACUGGAUGGAGUCCAAGGGACAGCUCCCCGAGAACAACCGGUUGCGAAAGCUGUCUGAUGGCAACUUUGAGAUCCUGAUUGCUUCUGCUGUGACUAGUGUUCCCUCACAGGGUGGUGACAUUGGAAAGGAGACUCAAUUCACUAUCGAAGAUGGUGUUCUGAAGGGCAAGACUAUUAAGCUUACCUUCGGAGACUAUGCCGAGGAGAUGAAGAGCAUCGCUGCAUACAUCGACAAGGCUGGCGAGAACGCGGACAACGAGACACAGAAGAGCAUGCACUCAGCUUACAGCAAGUCCUUCGAGACUGGUUCUUUGGAGGCAUUUAAGGACAGCCAGCGAUACUGGAUCAAGGACAAGGGCCCCAUGGUGGAGUCUAACAUCGGUUUCAUCGAGACGUACCGAGACCCUGCUGGCAUUCGUGGCGAGUGGGAAGGCUUUGCUUCCAUGGUAAACAUGGAACGAACCCGCGCCUUUGGUGAGCUUGUCGCCGCAGCUCCAGGCCUUAUCCCACUCCUGCCUUGGGGCAAGGAGUUCGAGAAGGACAAGUUUUUGUCCCCUGACUUCACCUCCCUGGAAGUUCUUACCUUUGCUGGCUCUGGUAUUCCUGCGGGCAUCAACAUUCCUAACUACGACGAUAUCCGACAAACUGAGGGCUUCAAGAAUGUGUCUCUCGGAAACGUCAUGAGUGCCAAGGCCCCCAAUGAGAAGAUCCCCUUCAUUCGAGAGGAGGACCUGGAGGUUUACAAGAAGCAGCGUGAUGCCUCUUUCGAGGUCCAAGUUGGUCUUCAUGAACUUACUGGUCACGGCUGCGGUAAGCUCCUGCAGGAGACCUCCGCUGGGUCUUUCAACUUUGACAAGGAAAACCCUCCGGUCAGCCCCGUCGAUAACAAGCCCAUCUCAACUUGGUACAAGCCUGGCCAGACUUGGGGGUCCGUUUUCGGUAGCAUCGCUGCCUCGUAUGAGGAGUGCCGAGCCGAGCUUGUCGCCAUGCACCUUAGCUGCGAGUUCCCUGUCCUCAAGAUCUUUGGUUUUGGCGAUGGUUCUGAGGAUAUCAACGGCGAGCCCGGUGAUGUCCUAUAUGCCUCUUACCUCUCCAUGGCUCGCUCUGGCCUUGGAGCCUUGGAGAUGUGGGAUCCCAAGAGCCAGAAAUGGGGACAGGCUCACAGCCAAGCCCGUUUCUCCAUCCUCAAGUGCUUCCUCGAGGCCGAGGACGAUUUCUGCAAGCUCGACUACAAGGAGAGCGAUCUGUCAGAUCUGACUAUCAAGUUGGAUCGCUCCAAGAUUCUCACGGCAGGCCGCGAUGCUGUUGCCAAGUACCUGCAGAAGCUGCACGUCUACAAGUCCACCGCUGACGUUAAGACCGGCACGGACUUCUACGUUCACAUGACUACUGUUGACACUGAAUUCUGGGGCAAGAAGGUCCGCGACGUUGUCCUUGCCAACAAGCAGCCCCGUAAGGUCUUCGUCCAGGCCAAUACCUACUUGGAUGAUGCUACGGGUAAGGUCUCGAUUAAGCACUACGAGGCGUCGCUCGCUGGCAUGGUUGAGAGUUGGGCAGACAGGAACUUGUAAGGUAGCAUAACCGGGAACAUUUGGCACUCAUGAUCAUGAAAGAGGGUUGGAUAUUGUAGAAUAGAAGAAAGC